UGCAUAUUUUUCUCUCUUUUUUUUGCUGGAAGUUGUCUCUCUGAUUGAUGGCCUUUGUUUUCAUGAGUACAAUGACAAUGAUCUGGUAUUGGCUGAUGCUUGCAUGUUAAAGAUUCAAAUCAGUUUCUUUGAUCAUUUGGUUACCCUCUAGUGUAGAGUGGGCAGAGUUUUGUUAAUAUAACUCCUGGUGAGGAUGUGGCCCAGAAAAUUAUAUUUUUUUCGCUGAGCAAAGCAAGCAUGAGUUAUGCGUUCUUUCGGCAUCUGGUGCCAUCUCUAGACUCUAGUGCAUCCUUGUCUAGCCUAGCAACAGGAACCAGUGUAUCUGAUCAGCUUGAGAGAAAGAAAGAUGGAAGAAGAAAUGGUGUGAAAGGAGAUGAUGCGUCGAGAACUGGAAACUUGUUACCUUCUCCUACUGGCGCAGAAUUUUUGCAUGGCUACCAUCCUGUUAUGGAACAUCCAAACGAAGAGCAUCAUACUAUGACUAGUGGCGGUGCAUUGGGUGGUGGAGCUCAUUUCAUGAGGCGACCACCUCAGGUAAUGCACAUGACACCUGCCCGGCCUUCUGAAUGGGGCUAUGAUUUGUCAGGAAUGAGAGGAAAUGGGUUAUCAGAAAAUGGUUGAUUAGUAAUGAUUCAAGUUUCUGAAGAAAGCUGUUAAUGAAAGUUUAAGCAUGAAUCAAGGUGAGAGUGGACUUAUCAUAUCAUAUAGUGGCCUUAAGGGUUUUUUUCAUUGCAAAGGCAGAGAAGAAAACAGUGAUGCUUUUUGUUCUUUGUUCAGUGUUAAAUAUUAUAGUAACUUCACAUCCUUUUCUGGAUUCUAUUUCCUUUCAAUCUUUUUUGGCUCUUUUUCCCCUGUAAUCAGUUUUUUUUUACAAAAGGAAUUGCUCAUUUUAUGAAAUACUGUAUAGACAAUUUGUUUUGAUAAGUGGCUUUUUAAGUUUAUGCCUAUUCUUGCUUGUAGCAACAGAUGUGGCGGCAAAGGGUAUUUGAUAUGCCGAAUGUCCAAAUUGUUGUUUCACUA